UCCUCCGCCCCUGCCUCCGACGCUCCUGACGGGACCACAAGCGACGAAGAUGGAUUUCUCUUCUUCCGCCUCCCCCGUGGCGGCGGAACCUGCUGCUGCUACGGGCCGGUACACGUUCAGCCCGAGGCUGCGGUGGCAGCCCGAGGUCGAGGAGUACUUCGCCUCCGCGUACGGCCGCGACCACUUCGCCCGCAUCUCCCAAGCCCUCGCGCACCCGUCUUGUUACUCUUGUAUCCGUGUGAAUACCCUAAAAUCUUCGACUGAUGUUGUCAUGCAAAAACUCCUCAGUUUGGUUAAUCAAAGUGAACUUUGUGGUGGAAUGGGUGGUUUGGAGAUAGGUGAGCAGAAUGGUGAAGAGCAAGCACAUGAAGGGAGUUACCUGGUGCAUAAGUGCCCGUAUUCUGGCCUUGAAAAUGUUUUAUUCAUUCAAGGUUCAGGGCCACAUGUUCUGCACUGCGAUGGCCAACCUGGUCAAUCUAUCAAGGAGAUAAUUGUUAGUCGAAAAUGUGCAGAGUCAGUUCUUCGAGGAGCCCAGGUGUAUGUCCCUGGUGUUUUGGCUUGCAGUUCACAUGUUGAAAAGGGUGACAAGGUUGCAGUCUCAGUCGCUGUUGAGCAACCUGUUAAGGAUAGUGGUUGGGCUGUUGGUAUAACACGAGGAAUCGUUCUACAGGGGUUGCGGUCAGAUGCACAUUAUGAAGAGAGAAAGGGUCUGUACAUUGGUCAAGGGAUCGCUGCAAUGUCAAGGGCUGGAAUUUUUCGUGUUCUUCAUGGAGUUGCAGUAGAGAUGACUGAGAGGGUGUACAAACUCCCAUCUUUUAAUGAUGUUCUUGAAGGUGAAAUAUUUCUUCAAAAUUUGCCAAGUAUUGUGGCUGCUCGUGUCCUUGAUCCCCAGCAAGGAGAGCGAAUACUGGAUAUGUGUGCUGCUCCAGGAGGAAAAACAACAGCAAUUGCUAUCCUUAUGAGGGACAAGGGAGAAAUUGUUGCCCUUGAUAGAUCUCACAAUAAGGUGAUGGGUAUUUUGAACUUGGCUGAUGAGAUGGGUCUAAGUUGUAUAAAAGCUUAUAAACUUGAUGCUCUCAAAUCUGUACGGAAGAUGAAUGAGGCAAGAAAUCUUGGUGUGGCAGAUAACUGCUCUGAAUCUAUUGUGACAAUGGAGGAGAACUCUGUCCCUUGCCAUACUACAACCGUUGCCAGGGUUACUAAUGCAGGUGAAGACAGCUUAACUACAACAGUUUUGCAGACUGAUGACCCAAAACCAGAUGCUGGAAGGUAUGUUAGUAAUGCAGACCUCAGGAAGAAUUUAAGGCGUAUGAGGAAUGGAACAGGAAGAAGUAACAUCUCUGGAGGUAGAGUUGAAGACUCAAAAGGAUUUUUUCCUAGCAGCUUUGAUCGUGUCCUCCUUGAUGCUCCAUGUUCUGCACUUGGGUUGAGACCUCGGCUCUUUGCUGGUGAGGAAACAUUGGAAUCCCUGAGAAAGAAUGCAACAUAUCAAAGGAGAAUGUUUGAUCAAGCUGUCAAGCUAGUUCGCCCUGGUGGGGUAAUUGUUUAUUCCACGUGUACUAUUAACCCAGGAGAAAACGAGGGUUUGGUCAGAUAUGCUUUGGAUACAUACAAAUUCCUGUCACUAGGAUCACAGCACCCAAAAGUUGGAGGACCUGGUAUUAUUGGCUCGUGUAAGCUGCCCAACAAGGCAUAUACUGAGGAGUGGUUGACGGAGCAUGAAGCACAACUUGUCCAGAGGUUUGAUCCGUCAUCAUCGCUGGAUACUAUGGGUUUCUUCAUUGCGAAGUUCAAUGUUGGAGAAAAGGAGGACUGAGCAAAAAGUCUUUUUAGCUCUACAUUGUAUGCUAGUACAACUUUACAUUAAAGAUCGUUUCCCUCCCAGACAUAUUCAGUGGUCAACAGCCUCACAGGCAGGUAUUGUACCUGCAUUUCUGCAUCCAUAGGUUUGCUGAGGAAUUUUGUUAUCUGUGGUCGCAGGUUCUAGUGAAAUCACUAGACGAUUAUGGUUUGACCAUGUGUAGGUAUGAUGUGACAUGAGAACGUAUCCAGUGAAACGCCCCAAUCCAUGCACCAGCUGAACCCAUCUA